AUGAGGAAAGCACUUGAGUUCCAAGAGGGAGAUAAUGUAAUUUUGAGAGUUACUCUGGUAACUGGUAUUGGUCAAGUUUUGAAGUCUCGAAAGCUCACGCCGCGUUUCAUUGGUCUAAAUCUGAUUAUAAAGCAAGUAAGAAAAGCGGAUUACAGAUUUGCGUUACCACCGUUUCUUUCGAAUCUUCACGGUGUCUGUCAUGUAUCUCAGUUGAAGAAGUAUAUUCUUGAUUCGUCUCAUGUGAUUCAAGGGGACGAUGUGCAAGUUAGAGAGAACUUUACUAUUGAGGCAUAUCCCUUGAGAGUAGAGGAUCGUGAAGUGAAUCACUUAAGAGGCAAGGAAAUUGCAUUGGUGAAGGUGGUAUGGGAAGGACCUGCUGGUGGAAGCGUGACGUGGGAGCUAGAGAGUCGGAUGAGAGAGUCGUAUCCGACUCUCUUUAUUUCAAGUGAUGUUUGA